UGCCACGUUUAGUGGACAGAGGAGUUUAAUGUUGUUCAAAGUUGUUAAAGGUGUUUAAAUAUUUAAUAUGUAAACUGUAAGGAUUUUUGUUGUGCUGCAGUGUUUUGUGAGCAGUUUUAAAGCUUCAGUCUGUAAGAAGAAACAUGAGCUCCGACAUGAAUCUCCCCGAAGAAGCGAAGAAAAACAAAAAUCUGAUUCAGGGUGAGAGAUCAGCAUCAUCUGAUCCCAGCUGUGUGUCUAUGAAGAGUGAUCAGUCAAUAGAUGAGCCAUUACAGUUCAGAGACAGAGAUCGUUCUACUGAUCUGAGGUCAGUGAAGAGAAAAAGAUCAGACUCACCUGAACCCAGCUGUGUGUCCAUGAAAAGUGAUCAGUCAAUAGACAAUCUCAUACACUUUAGAGAAGAAAAUUCUUCUACUGAUCUGAGACAUCAAAAGAAAUUAAAGAAAUCAAGAAGCAGCGGAAAUAAGUUGGAUUCCAUAUUUAAGGAGCUGGAGCAGAAAGUCUUUACUCUGUUGAAGAAUGAACUGAAUGAAUAUAAGAAGAUACUGAGUGCAGAUUACUCAGAAUGCUCUGAGGUGAAGCAUGAGGAGGAUCAAUGUAGUUUCAGAGAGGAGGCACUGAAGAUCACUCUACAUGUCCUGAAGAAGAUGAACCAGACUGAUUUAGCCAACACACUGCAGACCAAGCUGGUCUCUAUUUAUCAGAAGAACCUCAAAACCAAACUGAUAGAGAAAUAUAAAAGAAUUAAUGAAGGAAUCUCACAGCAUGGAUCAUCAGUUCUCCUGGAUCAGAUCUACACUGAGCUCUACAUCACAGAGGGUUCGAGUGGAGACGUCAAUAAUGAACAUGAGGUGAGACAGAUUGAAACCACAUCCAGGAGACCAACAACACAGGAGAAACCCAUCAAAUGUAACGACCUCUUUAAAGACACAUCCAUCAGAACUGUGCUGACUAAAGGAGUUGCUGGAAUUGGAAAAACAGUCUCUGUGCAGAAGUUCAUUCUGGACUGGGCUGAAGGAAAAGCCAAUCAGGACGUUCUCUUCAUGUUCCCACUUCCCUUUAGAGAGCUGAAUCUGAUGAAGGAGAAACAUCUCAGUCUGAUGGAGCUUCUUCAUUAUUUUUUUCCAGAAUUUAAAAGAAUAAAAACAAUAAACUGCAGCACCUACAAGAUCAUUUUCAUCUUUGAUGGUCUGGAUGAGUGUCGACUUCCUCUAAACUUCCAGAACAAUGAGAUUGUGAGGGAUGUAACAGAAUCAGCCUCAGUGGAUGUGCUGCUGACGAACCUCAUCAAGGGGAACCUGCUUCCCUCUGCUCUCCUCUGGAUCACCUCUCGACCAGCUGCAGCCAAUCAGAUCCCUCCUGAAUGUGUAACCCAGGUAACAGAGGUACGAGGGUUCAGUGAUCCUCAGAAAGAGGAGUUCUUCAAGAAGAGGAUUAGGAACGAGGACCUGGCCAUUAAAAUUAUCAAACACAUAAAGUCAUCAAGAAGCCUCUACAUCAUGUGUCACAUGCCAGUGUUCUGCUGGAUUUCAGCCUCUGUUCUAGAGAGAAUGCUGAGUGAAGCAGAGGGUGGAGAGAUCCCCAAAACUCUGACUCAAAUGUUCACCCACUUCCUGAUCUUUCAGAUCAAACACAAGGAACAAAAGUAUCAUGGAAAAUGUGACCUUGAUCCACAUCAGGCCAGAGAGAUGAUACUGGCACUGGGAAAACUGGCUUUUCAACAGCUGGGAAAAGGAAACCUGAUCUUCUAUGAAGAAGACCUGAGAGAGUGUGGUAUUGAUGUCAGAGAAGUGUCAGUGUACUCAGGAGUGUGCACCCAAAUCUUCAGAGAGGAGUUUGGGUUACACCUGGGGAAGGUCUUCAGCUUUGUUCAUCUGAGCGUCCAGGAGUUUCUGGCUGCUUUAUUUGCAUUUAUCUGCUUCAUCAGCAAAAAUCCAACAGAACAACAAACCACUGAUCUGUCUGAUCUGUUCACCAAGUCCAGCAUGUCUGAUUUCCUCGAGAGUGCAGUGGACAAGGCCUUACAGAGUGAGAAUGGACACCUGGACCUUUUCCUUCGCUUCCUUCUGGGUCUCUCACUGGAGUCCAAUCAGACUCUCUUACGAGACCUACUGACACAGACAGGAAGUAGCUCUCACAGUGAUGAGAAAACUGUGGAAUACAUCAAGGAGAAGAUCAGGGAGAAUCCCUCACCAGAGAAAUCCAUCAAUCUGUUCCACUGUCUGAAUGAACUGAAUGAUCAUUCCCUAGUGCAGGAAGUCCAGAUUUACCUGAACAGAAUAAAACCUGGUUAUAAACACUAUGGUUCUGAUUGUCUCAGUGGAAUCAGUCUCUCUCCUGCUCAGUGGUCAGCACUGGUGUUUGUGUUGCUAAACUCAGAAGAAGAUCUGGAGGAAUUUGAUUUGAGGAAAUAUUACAGAUCAGAUGAAUGUCUUCUGAGGCUGCUGCCAGUGGUGAAAGAAUCCAGAAGAGCUGAGUUGAGUGAUUGUAAGCUAACAGAUGAAAGUUGUGCAGCUCUGUCCUCAAUUCUCAGUUCAAACUCCUCCAAUCUGAGAGAUCUGAACCUGAGUUACAAUAAGCUGCAGGAUUCAGGAGUGAAGCAGCUUUUUGCUGGACUGAAGAAUCCACACUGUAAACUGGAGAUACUGAGAUUGGUUGAUUGUAAGCUAAAAGGUGAAAGUUGUGCAGCUCUGUCCUCAGUUCUCAGUUCAAACUCCAACAAUCUGAGAGAUCUGAACCUGAAUUACAAUAACCUGCAGGAUUCAGGAGUGAAGCUGCUCUCUGCUGCACUGAAGAAUCCACACUGUACACUGGAGAUACUGGGGUUGUUUUAUUGUAAUCUAACAGGUGAAAGUUGUGCAGCUCUGUCCUCAGUUCUCAGUUCAAACUCCAACAAUCUGAGAGAUCUGAACCUGAGUAACAAUAAGCUGCAGGAUUCAGGAGUGAAGCUGCUCACUGCUGCACUGAAGAAUCCACACUGUAAACUGGAGAUACUGAGGUUGGCUGGUUGUUCUCUAACAGGUGAAAGUUGUGCAGCUCUGUCCUCAGUUCUCAGUUCAAACUCCUCCAAUCUGAGUGAUCUGAACCUGAGUUACAAUAAACUGCAGGAUUCAGGAGUGAAGCUGCUCUCUGCUGCACUGAAGAAUCCACACUGUACACUGGAGAUACUGAGGUUGGUUGAUUGUGAUCUAACAGGUGAAAGUUGUGCAGCUCUGUCCUCAGUUCUCAGUUCAAACUCCUCCAAUCUGAGAGAUCUGAACCUGAGUCACAACAAGCUGCAGGAUUCAGGAGUGAAGCUGCUCUCUGCUGCACUGAAGAAUCCACACUGUACACUGGAGAUACUGGGGUUGGAUGGUUGUUCUCUAACAGAUGAAAGUUGUGCAGCUCUGUCCUCAGUUCUCAGUUCAAACUCCUCCAAUCUGAGAGAUCUGAACCUGAGUCACAAUAAGCUGCAGGAUUCAGGAGUGAAGCUGCUCUCUGCUGCACUGAAGAAUCCACACUGUACACUGGAGAUACUGGGGUUAGAUUAUUGUGAUCUAACAGGUGAAAGUUGUGAAGUUCUGUGCUCAGUUCUCAGUUCAAACUCCUCCAAUCUGAGAGAUCUGAACCUGAGUAAGAAUAAGCUGCAGGAUUCAGGAGUGAAGCUGCUCUCUGCUGCACUGAAGAAUCCACACUGUACACUGGAGAUACUGAGGUUGGAUUGGUGUGAUCUUACAGGUGAAAGUUGUGCAGCUCUGUCCUCAGUUCUCAGUUCAAACUCCUCCAGUCUGAGAGAUCUGAACCUGAGUCACAAUAACCUGCAGGAUUCAGGAGUGAAGCUGCUUUCUGAAGGACUGAAGAAUCCACACUGUAAACUGGAGAUUCUGAGGUUGGAACAAUGCUGUAUUACAGAGGAAAGUUUUAGGUCUCUGGCUUCAGCUCUGAGAUCAAACUCCUCAUCACUCCUGAAAGAACUGAAUCUGAGCUACAAUGAACCAGGAGAAUCAGGAGUGAAGCUUUUCUCUGAUCUACAGAAGGAUCCUCACUGUAAACUGGAGAAACUAGAUGUUUGGUGACACAACUCCUCAACUACAUUAAAUUCCACAGUGGAAUUGACCUGGUCAUGAGAGUCCUAAGAGGAUGUCUGAAAAGGGAACAACUACCACUGUGCGCCCUCUCCCCAUUUUCAUCUGAUAUCUACGCUGGGUUUUGCACAAUGUUUUAUAUACAAACAUUAUAGCGUAUCCAAGAGUUAAAUAUAGCUUUGAACAUUUACUAAGGGAUACCACAUAUAUCGGGUGAAAAUGAUUAAGUAGUCACAAUUACUUAUCUGCUCUAUGUACCUGUCAUAAGGUCUGUAAUAAAAGACAGAGCCAUCAAGGUAAAAUCUGAUUAGAACAAACAUUUACAGUUUAGCUCUGGGGUGUGUCAAAUCAGAACUGAAUAUUUUCACAGUACCUUACACUCAUCGAAAAGCAUCAAAAAAUUCCCUCAAACAGAUCGAGUUUUACGUUGAUCUAAACAACACUUAACAUGUAAAAUCAUAAAUGAAGAUUGAACGAAUAUCCCUAAUAAUGCAAAAGUAACUUAUUAGCCAAUCCAGCAACACACCCCUACAGAGCAAUGUUUGAAUGUAUCCUGAACUAUGGAAACAGAUAAGCUGUGAAUGAAGGACUUAACAGCAUCAAUUUUGCAGUAGAAAGUUUCGAAUUUAUUUGUCAUUUGUACAAAUGUUAGCAGCAAUUAUACGUUGAAAUGUGUGUUGGGAGGCUCGGGAACUCUACAAAUAUGCAAGCAUAAGAGAAAAAAAGAGGGAACAGGGAUUGGGGUAGGGUAAUAAAAAUAUAAAACAAGAAAAAGAGAAAUAUUUAUAAGUAAUA